UAAUUGCGAAAUUCGGAACUGCUGAAAGCUUAAAUUAUUCGGAGUAAACUCUACAGAAAAUUAUUCAAUAAAGCUCUUUGAAAUAGCACACAAUUUUGACCGAGAGCCUUAAGAGAAACCCCAACAUUUUGAUGAAUCAGCGUAAACAAACCAUAAGAAAGCGAUCAACCACAAAUUUUGUCUGACUUGCUGUGAUAAGCAUAGGUUUUACUAACACCCUAAGGUAAAGUUAGCUCCCCCAUAUCGACGAACUUGGCGCCCACCUGUUGAUUAGCAAGCACUUGAGGUGGAGGUGCGUAAGCCAGUAAACCGCUCAGAGUUUCAGUCAGUUGUACUUAAUGCUUGAUCCGGUCCAAACGUGCGGGGAAAAUCGAAGUUAUUGGUUUACCAGUGGCAACUAAGCUUAUCAGUCGUCUGCAUUCGAUAAGCAGAACCAGACGUUUCCAAUCCUUUGCGUGUAUUCAAAUUGGAUAAUGGCAGCACAGAGCAAACUCGCUGAGGUCGCCUUCCAAUGCAGCUGCCAGGAGUUCGCCCAUCCUUGGACGUCGAGCUGCGCCUGCGCGACGGCUGGCAUGCUGUUAUCCCUAAUCCCCGGCACAUUUAAGACUUAUAGUAUGGUCUACCUGUUGGCGCUUUUAAUGCGCAGACGCAUUCCUUCGCUCAAGGACCUGCGAAAGACCUUAACCAGUACUCUGCAGUCGACGGCCUUCCUCUCUCUGAAUGGAAGCCUCUUCAUCCUAGCCAUUUGCCUGGUGCGCCAGUAUCUCGGUGGUUUCUACUUCGGCACUGCAACCUGGUUGCCAGCACUUUUGGUGAGCUCCAUAUCGCUGGCAGUCGAGCGUCCGGAGCGCCGUACUCCACUGGCUUUGUAUGUGGCCAAUGUGGGCAUCGAAACGCUGUGGAAAAUGCUAGAGGCCCGUGGUCUGGUGCGAUCCAUUGCCAACGGCCAGGUGCUCAUCAUGGGAGCCAGUAUCACCGCUUUGAUGUAUCUAUAUCGUGCCGGACUGCAUAGGACUGUGGCCAAGGAUGCGACCUUUAAGGGAUUGGGUCUGAUCAUGGGCAAGGAGGAGGAGGGUCCCCUGAAGACCCCUACAGUGAUGAUCCCUCAGAGAUCUGACCUUGGAAGACUGAAUUUCCGCUGCAUCACGUCGUACCUCAGGGUCUAUGACCACCUGACUACCCUCAAACAUCCUUGCUGUCCUCACCAGUUUGGCUGUGCGGUGUACGCCCUCCUUGGUGGAGUUAAACCUUUCGUGGGCGGUGUGGGUCUUCAAGUGUGUUUGAAACUGCUGCUCAACACUUCGAAGAUACUCCAGCUAAAGAUGCAGUGGCGCCAGCAGAUCUUCAACAAGGGAUCCCUGCAGUUGGGCCUGGCGCUCGGAUUAUUCUCACUGCUUUAUAAGAUAACUUCUUGUGGCUUGCGUCACUCUUUUGGAUAUGAUAAUGCGCUCUUUGCCAUUCCAUGUGGCUUAAUAGGAUCAUUUGGGCUGCUACACUUUCCCAACACCACGGUGUCUCUGUACCUGAUGUUGAAGUCAUUACAACUCCUGUACAACUGGGGCGUCGCCGAGGGAAAGGUUCCCGAGGUGCCACAGUUCUCCAUGGCUAUGUACGGAUUCUUCACGGCCGUGCUUUGUCACUCAACAGUUCUGGAGGCACAAUCCAUGCGGCCCAGUUACUUUAAGUUUAUCGAAAACAUCUCGGGAGGUCGUCUUAGCCGCUUCAAUCUGAAGCCCUUCGAGGCAUUUGGAGUUAGGAGUCAGGAUCAGGCUGAUUAUGUUAUCAAAAAACUGGGCAUUGUUAUGUCCUCCGCAAACCCUCUGUUUCCACUGACUGUUUAGAAGGUCUUUCCCUCUGUAU